AUGGGUUGUUUUCCUGGCUCUCAAUACUUCCUCUAUUCCCGAAUCCCUCUUCGGCCUCAUUACCAAUCCGCGGGAUUGACCACUGCCCUGUGCCUAUUCAUCACCAAUACCCAGUCUUCGUCCUUGCGGAUCGCCGCCAAAUACCAGAAAGAGAGCUCGAGCAGACAAAGAUGCACAUUGAUGUCAUGGGAUGUUUUCAAUGAGCCAAGCCGCCCACUGACCAAUUAUCAUGUCAAGCCGGUCGAGGUUGAUAUUGAAUCUGGCCAGAUCUGGCCUUAUAUCCCGCACUCUUCUCAGAUUCGAAUUUAUAAUGGAGUUCCUCAACCACAGCUCUCAGCUUUGGCCAAACACGCAGGCUUAUAA